ACUGUGUCACUCCCCACUAAGCUGCAGACUAAGAAAAAUUAAGAACUUGUUUCUUUCAAAAACAAAGGAGAAAAGCUUCUGGAAAUACCAGCUCAUCUUGAAGCAAGAAACAAAAGUACACGUUUUGGAAGAAAUAACAGAAACAACAAAGGCAAUGUAUCUGACUACAGCAGAACCAGAAAACCAAACAGCUGAACCUUGCAACUGCUCCAUUGAAGUCUUCAAACAUGAUGUGUUCCCUGCCACCUACCUGGGUAUCUUCAUCCUGGGCCUUGUUGGGAAUGUUGUUUCAUUAUUUGUCUUUGUGAGGAUGUGUAAAAAAUGGACGUCCAUCAAUAUGUACAUGAUGAACUUGCUGAUCUCGGAUCUGAUGUUUGUGUGCUCCCUGCCUUUCCGUGUGGUGUACUACAUGAUGGACUCCCACUGGGUGUUUGGAGAUAUUGCUUGCCGCCUUAUAUCCUAUGUAUUCUAUAUCAACAUGUACUGUAGCAUCUACUUCCUGAUGGUGCUAAGCAUCAUGCGCUACCUGGCCAUAGUUAAGCCUUACAAGUAUGUCAAGCUGCAGAACAGCAAAAGCGCCAAGCUUGUCUGCAUUGUGGUGUGGCUUUUUGUGGCCCUGGCCUCCAUCCCGCUGCUCACUUCUGGCAGUGAGGACUAUAAAGGCAAAACAAAAUGCCUAGAACUGGGGACUAAAGAGAUCAGAAUCUUAAUUGGGAUGAAUUACAUGGUAGCCUUCCUGGGAUUUGUCGUCCCCUUUGCCAUCAUCUCUUUCUGCUACUUCCAUGUGGUGAAAAACCUACUGAAGUCCAAGGAUACACAGAGGAACAAGCAGUCCUUCAGAAAGUCCACUGCCUUGGUCAUCAUUGUCAUCAGCAUUUUCUUGAUUUGCUUCCUGCCCUACCAUGUGGUCAGGACAUUGUUCCUGGAAGCCGAGAGGCAGGCCAGCCUCCACUGUGAGUCCUGUGAUUACAUUAAUGGAAUGCGCAAAGCCGCUGUCCUCACUCUCUGCCUCGCUGCCUCCAACAGCUGUUUGGACCCUCUCUUGUUUUGUUUCGUGGGGGAGAACUUCAGGCUGUGGUGGAGAAAGAAGAAACACAAAAAUGAGCUGAAAGACCUGGAUCCAAAAUAACCACAGUGAGGGCUCAAUGUGAGAUCCUCACACACCUAUGCUUAAGUGCUCUGUUCCUGCUCUAACCUUUUCGGAAAGCUGAGCACAUGCAAAGCUAACUGGAAGGCCUCCUUAACUGUGCCAUGUGACAUUGUUGAAACAGGUAUUUUUUGUGUGUUUUACUAAAGAAAUAGAACACUAGUUACCCAAAGAAACACAAUAAACUGGCCACAAAUAUGACAUUUCUGUUUUUUCAUGUUUAUAAAAAAUCAUAAAGGCAUGGCUAGUUUUGUAUGAGGACCUGGAGAGACUUACAAACAUAUCACCCUUUGGGUAUAUACAGCAAAAAUAUGUACACAGCAGAGCACUUUCCAAUAUCGCUUUAUAAUGAAAUAAUAAAGGACAAAUAACCAGUUAACAAAUUGCUUCAGGUCAAUUUCCCAGAUUGUUUGCACUGGAGAAAAUGUUUUAUAAUAUUUACUGUAUGUUUCGCAGAAUGAUGGGUGAUCAUUUUGCCAAAAAUAUGCAUUGUUACAGAAAUUCAGUGACAACUUGCAAAUGAAACUUGCUUUUCUAGACUAACAACCUUUCCCUGUAGUUGGACUGUAGUGCAUAUAAUAAUUUACUCAUAUUGUUUAUGAUUUCCAAUUAAUCCAGAAGUGUAAUACAAUAAGUUAAUUGAUAACAGCUGUACUAUGUUCACUGUUGAGAAAAAACUGAGUUUCUUACACAUUUGAUAAAUUCAGUUGUGGUUUAAGGGCCAUUUGACAAACUCAAAAAGCAGCACACAUCUUGAUAUUGUGCAGCUGGGCUGGGAGAUAUGAAUUUGUGACGUCAAGUGGUCUUGUAUAAUAAGUUCUCAGAAUUUAACCAUUUGGUUCCUUCUAUGUGAUAAUAUGCAAGGUAGAAAAUAAGGUGAUAAGGUAGAAAAAUACUGCAAAGCAGCAAAGACAACAAAAAAAACUGCUUAGUUCACUUGAGAAUUUCAUCUACAGUGAAGAAAGAGAUAAGAUGUGAAAAAGGGGUUAACUGAUUUCUUCCUGCACAAAGACUUCUUGUGAAACAAGACAUUCCAUGCUUGAAUUAGCACUUUUGAGUUAUGGCAGCGAUGUGAGCUAACUGAUAAGAGAUUCCAAGUGCAAAAUUGAGACUCCCUAACUAAGGAAAGAUAAAACCGGCCAUUCAAAGUGGUCAAGCUCUUGGGAAUGUCCAAACACAGGUGACCUCCCACCAUAACCAAAGUAACAAUUUGCAUCAGAAACGGCUGAAGUUUGCUAUAUAAACUGGAAGUUUUGUACCUAUAUUCCGAACAAUAUUUUGAUCUUAUUGUUCCUUGUGUGCAAUAAACUCAGUUGUUUAAACUUCAUCUCUAUAACAACAGUAUAAAUAAAAGACAGAAAUGUAUAUA